GCUGAUAAGAAAGUUGAGCUUAGCCAAAAUAAUUUCGCAGCCAUUCAAGUUAGCACCACCAUCAUCAACUUUUUGACGACAUCGCCAUCGAAAUGCUUCGCACAGUGUAAGCACCUCCAAUUCGACUCGGGAAGCUGUCGCAUAACAUGGCUAAUUACUUUGAAAUUUAGAAAGCCCAAAACCGCUCGCUCGAAGCGUGCCCUCGAGAAGCGGGCGCCGAAAGCCGUCGAGAACCCCAAGAAGGCCCUCUUUUUGAGGGGUACCUCCUGCAGUCAAAUCACACAAGAUGCCCUAGGCGAUCUCUAUGCGCUCAGGCAAGUCCAUGCCAAGCGCUUCCAGAAGAAGAAUGCGAUCCAUCCUUUCGAAGACGCCAGCUCGCUCGCCUUCUUCUCUGAGAAAAACGACUGUAGUCUUUUGUUGUUUGGCAGCUCCAACAAGAAGCGCCCACACACCAUCACCUUUGCGCGCACCUUUGACUACAAGAUCCUCGACAUGCUUGAGCUCUGCCUCGAUGGCGAGUCGUUCCGCAGCAUUUCGCAGUUCAAGACCCAGAAGGUGCCAGUGGGAACCAGGCCGUUGAUGGUUUUUGCGGGGACGGCCUUCGAAUCUCCUGUACCGAAUGGCUUCACCUUGGCCAAGUCCAUGCUCAUCGACUUCUUCCGCGGCGAGACAUCCGACAAGAUUGACGUCGAGGGUCUCCGUUUCGUUGUCGUUGUCACUGCUGACGAGCCCACCACCGCCGAGAACUCCGACGACCCAUCCUCCAAGGCUGUCCUCCGCCUCCGCGUCUACACCAUCCAGACCAAGCGCUCCGGCCAAAAGCUUCCCCGCGUCGAGCUGGAGGAACAUGGUCCCCGUAUCGACUUCCGCAUCGGUAGAAUCCAAGAACCCGACGAGGCUAUGCUCAAGGAGGCGAUGCGUAAGGCCAAGACCAACGAGGAGCGCACCAAGAAGAACAUCUCCACCGACAUCAUGGGUGACAAGCUCGGCAGAAUCCACAUGGGCAAGCUGGAUCUCAGCCAGCUCCAGACAAGAAAGAUGAAAGGUCUCAAGCGCGAACGGGAUGUCCUUGACGAGGCGGAGACGGUAGUGGAGGAGGCGCCCAAGCGCAAGAAGAAGGUCGAUAUCUAA